CAGGAACUACCCGAAAACACUGUCCAGCUUUCCUCCCGACCGCUCCCCCUCCUUCCCCCCGGAUCAAGGCUCAGCAACGCUGAGCACAUCUGAGUCAAGAUGGGUCUUGCCGCCCCCAAGAACAAGCGAAAACUCGGCAACGACCCGAACAACACCAAGUGGUCGCGCAACACCGACUCAUUUGGCCAGAAGAUCCUCAGGGCCCAGGGGUGGCAGCCGGGGGAGUACCUCGGUGCGAAAAACGCGCCUCAUGCCGAAUGGCACACCGAAGCCAACUCGACGCACAUCCGGGUCACCUUGAAGGACGACACACUAGGCCUCGGAGCCAAGCGGAACAAUGGCGAUGAGUGCACCGGUCUGGAUGCGUUCCAGGACCUGCUGGGACGGCUCAAUGGCAAGAGCGACGACACCAUAGAGACCGAGCGCAAGGCCCGCGAGGAGGUGAAACUCAAUCUGUACAUGGCGAGGAAGUUCGGACCCAUGCGGUUUGUCAAGGGCGGAUGGUUGGUUGGUGACCAGGUUAAGGAGGCUCUCGGUGACGACGUCGAGAAGGCACAGAACGGCCAUAUCUCGGAAACCCCGAAGGAGUCCACCGACGGGAGUGAGGAAUCGGAACCAUCAGCGUCGAAAUCCAAGAAACGCAAAGCCGAUCGGGGGAGCGAUCGGGAAGACGACCAGGCGCAGAAGAAGGAGAAAAAGUCAAAGAAGAGGAAAACUGAUUCUGAAGCUGAGGUGGAUAACGAGGGCGAAAAGAAGAGGAAGAAGAAGAAGGAGAAGGAGAAGUCGUCCAGGAGGAACGCUGAGCCCGAGGAGAAGCCAAGAACGACGGCUGAGAUGAGCGAACCCACAAGUGAGGUUGACAGCUCCUCCGAAGCCAAGAACGAUGAGAAGGCGAAGAAGGAAAAGAAAGAUAAGAAGGACAAGGUGGAUAAGAGGGACAAGAAGGAUAGGAAAGAAAAGAAGGACAAGAAGGACAAGAAGGACAAAAAGGAGAGGCGCAGAAAGGAAAAGGAGGCCUCGGAGUCUGGGGCUGAGACGGCUGACAGGAUAUCCAAAGAGAAAAGGCGGCGGGAAAAGGAGAGUAAAGACGCUCCCGAGACUGUGUCUUCGGCACCGACGCCCACGGAAAGCAGCCUGACCACGCCUGGCGGCAGCGGCUCCUCAACACCCAUCCCUACCGGCUCCAGCCGAUAUUUGGCACGGUCGAGAUUUAUUGCCCAGAAAAAGAUGGCAUUAGCAGACAGCACGGCACUCAAUCAGAUCUUCAUGAUCAAGUCAUAACCUCGAACCUGAAUAUGGGCCGCACUGUGUUGCAAUAGAUGUCAAGCCCGUGCUCUUGCUUGUUCCUUCUGCUGAUUCCGGCACGGCCAUGGAAGGAACACCCCAGAUCAGCUUAGCACAUUAAAAAUCC